AUGGGUAAAGCUACUCCUACCGCGUCGAAAACAAAGGCCAAGAAGGAUGCUGUUGAGAAGAGUGCAACGGAGAAGAGUUAUACUGAGACCACACAUGAAAAGACCGAGAAAAGCGAAAAAUCUGAAAAAUCUAUUCGGCCAUACAACAGGUUUAUGCAGACAGAGCUUCCCAAGGUCAAAGCCGAGAAUCCGGGGAUGGAUCAUAAAACUGCUUUCAAGACGGUCGCCGAACUUUGGAAAACCUCAUUCAUAGCCGAUCGUUGUAGAUGUCUAACAAAACUUUGCGUCGCCUGGAUGAUGGAUCCAUUCGAUUCGUACGUAGUCGCCAAAUUUCUUGUCAAUUCUCCGAACCUGACUUCCAUAUCUUGCCCAAAUUGCACGAUGGAAUGGCUCACGGAGGCGGUGAGUCCUAUACUGAAUGGACACUGUAAAAACCUUAAACAUCUGGAGGUGAAAAAUUGGGCUCACGAAUCUAAUGAGACCUGUGCCCUUUUAGAAAAGGUGGCCGAGAAUUGCAGUGGGAUCGUGUCGUUGCAUGCUCAUUUGCUUGUCACCAAGGAGAUCGCUUUGAUAUUGAUCAAGUCUUUUCCGAACCUGAACUUUUUCAGGUGUCACUCCGUCACGAAUUCCGGUUUGGCCAUACUAAUAAGAGGAUUUCGGAAAUUAAAAAGUUUAGAUCUGACGUUCGAUAAGGAGAGUCAUCACAGCAAUGAUGAUGAAAUUUCACUGGCGGAAAUUGGAACGAAUUUUUCUUUGUUAGAUUCCUUCCAGCUUUCCAUCGGAAACGAGAAUUUUCCUCGAUUCGCCUUAUCCUGGACGCAAAAUCAAUAUAACCUUAGGCAUAUAGAAUUGUCCCUGUGCGAUGGAUUGAUAGACGAUUCGUUCAUAUCAAUAAUUAAACAUUGUAGCAAUUUAGAAUCAGUUCAGCUAAAGUGGUGUAGUCGCCUGACCGAUCUUUCUUAUUCGGCACUGGCGCAACAUCGAAACACGAGACUACGACAACUCCGCAUAUACAGAUCUGGGUUGACCGACAUAGGAUUGAUAGAGAUAGCAAAACAUUGUCCGAUGUUAUUGAAGUUGGAUAUGGAGCACUGCCCGGAGGUGACUCAGGAUUCGUUGUUAAUGGUCGUAAAGAAUUGCAGGAGGCUCGUAAAAUUGGCAGGAGGAUUCCCUCAACACACUUUAGCGUCAUUGGGACGUGCCCUGUGUUUUCAUGGGUCCAGGAGUUUGCAGUACCUGAAGCUCAGAGAUCCGUUAUACAGAGACUCUGUGAACAUCAUGUUCAGCAAUAAUUUUGACGGAAAUUUAUUUGAGCAACUGUCGUGCAAUCAUCCCCAAUUGAAGAGGUUGGUGCUCAGAU